UUAUCGAACACGGCUGCGGUUUCGCAAAACGUCAAAGUUUGUUUUGUUUUCCUCCUCAAUUUUACCGAAAACACUUUUAGUGAAUAAAUAUUACGAACGGGAAAAUCUGCUGAUUAUUCUGCCAUGUCGGAUGACGAAAACGAAAACAUUUUCUCGAUAAUGUGUCGACUUUGCCUGAGUGAAAAUGUGGAGUUGAUAGGCCUGUACCCCGGCGAAUUCGAUCCGAAAACGUCCAGCAGCAGAAUUUUCGAAAUCAUUGAAAGAUUCACAACAGUCAUUAUAAAUCCAUGGGACAAACUCCCGCAGAAGAUUUGUUUAAACUGCGUACAAACAAUACAGUCCAUGCUGGUAUUCCAAAAUAAAUGUAAACAAAACGCCGUGCAGUUACAUGGAAUGACCAAACUAGUGGAAUUUACUGAAGAUCUGAACGGUCCUGGAGAAUCAGAAAAUAGUAACAAUAUUUCGAAUAAUCUGGAUGAAUCGGAGACUCGGGACGAUUCGGUGAGCAUUGAUGAUUCAAUAAGCCGAGUAGAAAGCGACAACCUGUCCGAACAAGCCAACCUGUCCGAUUCACAAGUGGAAACAGAAAAAAUACUGGAAGUGAAUGUGGACGAUUUGAAGUCUGAAUCGGAUGACAGCAAUGGAACUAUCGACAAUUUGGUGGAACACGACGUAAAUAAUCAAAACUACAAAUAUCCCAAAUGGAAAGCAUCGUUGAUAGCGUGUCACAUUUGCGGGAAAUGUUAUAGCAAAAAUGAAAUGAAGUAUCAUGUCAACAAACACAACAGUCUGAAACCAUACAAAUGUGAUGUAGAAAAUUGUAAAUCAGCGUUUUCGGCGCCUCGUGAUUUAAAAAACCACAAGAAAGCGUUGCAUAGCCGUAAACCAGCAUUUAGCUGUGAUAUUUGUGGAAACGAGUUUAAAUGGAUCCAAGGGCUAAAGAUCCAUCCACGACACCACUUCGAUCCUGAUAUUCCAUGUGAAAUUUGCGGAAAAUUGUUUAAAACAAAGCCAGCGUUAAAGAAGCAUAUGUUGGUUCACAGUCAGGAUCGAAAAUAUAAAUGUGAGACGUGUCGAAAGGCCUUCCAAACGAGAUACACACUUCGCAUUCACAAGCGAAUUCACACACAGGAAAAGCCGUACUCAUGCCACUGUGGAAUGUCGUUCGCCUAUAAGUGUUUAUUAACUGCACACAAGAAGAAGUAUCAUAUUAGUGAAUGUUGUUAAUCAACCCGUGUCAAUAAAAAUCGAAUGAAAUUA